AUGGAAGAUAAGAAGAAUGAACUGGAUGUAAAAGUGCCUGCUUGCAGAAAGACGAAACUGAUACAAAAACGAAAAAAUCCACUUGAAUUGAACGAUAAUUGGGGUAGGGAACACACAGAAAUUAAACCUUCAACCAAUGGUAGCCUGAUAUUCCAAUAUUUUGGAUAUCAUCAAAAAAAAAUCAAGUUUUGGAAUUUUUGUUCUAAAGAUAAUAGCACUGUUACUUUUUAUGUAUUGCCGGACCGUUUUCUUCCAUUCGUUUAUUUCUUUCUUCGCAUCAAAUGUGGACCACCAUCAAGAAGAGAGAUUUAUGUGGGCGCAGAUGAACGCAACAAACGAUUGCAGAAUAUAUGCUUAAGUCACUCUCCAGAAAACAAAAGCCUGAUUUCAAGAUUCUAG